AGUUGGAGGAGCAGCUUGUGUUUGAAAAUGUCCGCGCAGGAAGCUGGUAGUGAAUGAGCGCUGUUAGUGAGACUGUAAUGUUUUCAUGUGAAAUAGAGAUCGUGUGUGUGUGUGAUUCGUCGUGGAUUGUUCGGAGAGAGACCCACCGGUGCUGAAAUCUGCAGACCCUUACAGGUAAACAUGUCAGCCGAAGAGGUGUGCAGCCACGUCAAGGUGGUGGUCCGUGUCCGUCCACUAAACGCCAAGGAACUGGAUGGCAACUUCAAGAAGGUGGUCCAUGUAGUAGAUGGCCACAUGCUGGUCUUUGACCCCAAGGAAGAGGAGGUGACGUUCUUCCGUGGACAGAAAGUCGGCAAGAGGGACCUCAGGAAGAAAGCUAACAAGGACCUGAAGUUUGUUUUUGAUCAAGUCUUUGGGGAACAUUCAACCCAGAUGGAAGUGUUUGAGAACACUACGAAAGGGGUUGUUGAUGGAGUUCUGAACGGCUACAACUGUACAGUGUUUGCCUACGGAGCUACAGGAGCAGGGAAGACUCACACAAUGCUGGGCAGCCCUGAUCACCCUGGGGUUAUGUUCCUCACCAUGAAGGAGCUCUUCACCCGUAUGGACCAGAUUAAGGAGGAGAAAGUCUUUGACGUAGCUUUCUCAUAUCUAGAGGUUUAUAACGAGCAGAUUCGAGACCUUCUGACCAACUCCGGUCCACUGGCGGUACGAGAGGAUGGUGCCAAAGGAGUGGUGGUCCAAGGCCUUACCCUUCAUCAGCCCAAAUCCGCCAAGCACAUCCUAGAAGCUCUGGAUUUCGGAAACAGAAAUAGAACCCAGCACCCUACUGACAUGAACGCCUCGUCCUCCCGGUCUCACGCCGUAUUCCAGAUCUACCUGAGGCAGAAGGACAAGACGGCCAGUCUGAACCCAAAUGUCCGUGUGGCUAAGAUGAGCCUGAUCGAUCUGGCUGGUUCCGAGAGGGCCAGCGCCGUCAACACCAAGGGAGCUCGUCUACGCGAGGGAGCCAACAUCAACCGCUCUCUGCUUGCACUGGGCAAUGUCAUCAACACGCUCGCUGACCCGAAGAGUAAGAAGACACACAUCCCUUACAGAGACAGCAAGCUGACUCGGCUGCUUAAGGACUCUCUGGGUGGGAACUGCAGGACCGUCAUGAUUGCAAACGUGAGCCCGUCUUCGCUGUCCUUCGAGGACACGCACAACACGCUCAAGUACGCCAACCGGGCCAAGGAGAUCAAGUCAACAUUAAAGAGCAACGUCGUGAGCGUGGACAGUCACGUAGGCCAGUAUGCCGUCAUCUGCGAGAAACAGAAGGCCGAGAUUAUCAUGCUGAAACAGAAACUGAGAGAGUACGAGGAGAGGAAGGUAGAAGCUCCUGCUGUUAAUCCAAUCUCCAGCCAGAAGAGAGCUGAAAUUGAGAAGAUGUCGGAGUCUCUGCGCAGCGUGUUUGCCGACCGGCUGCUGCUGCGGAAGGAACAGCUGGAUAUCGAGAAACAGCUGAAGGAGAACCGACUGAGGCUCGGUCACAGGGAGGAGUGGCACCAGCAGGGCAUGCUCUUUUUCUACAAAAACAAAAGCGAGAAGGCCACCUGUAAGUAUGAGCGUAAGCUGGCGUCUCUGCAGUCGCACCGGCUUCACCUACAGAGAAAGUUGGAGGAAACGGAGAGGCGCUUCCAGGAAAAUGACGGUUGGUUGCACCGUCUUGAAAAUGAGAUGAAGCUGCUCGGACACACCGGACACGCGCCAGAGGAGCUUAAAAGGGAGUUGGAGUGCCACCGGCUGCAGCUGCAAGUAGCCGACCUGCAGCAGCACAUCCAGCACAUGAACUACCUGAUCAGUCUGCAGGACCAGGAGAACAAACACACAAGCAAACUGGUCCAUGCUUUACUACCCGCGUACCACAGACAGCACAUGGCGCUGAAAGCCGCGAGUAUCUACACAGCGACUGAUGACCACGAGCGGGAGGAGCUGGAGCACCUAGUACGGAGGGAGAGGGGCGUGGUGUGGGCCGACCAAGAGAACACAGAAGGAAGGGGAGAACCGGACACAGCGUCUGAACAGACCUGCCUUCAGCCGCUUCUGUCCUUCUCGCACCUCAUCACUCAUCAAAACACACCAUGCAGUGGAGAGAAACACACUCGCAGAGUCUCUCAGCGUCUUAAACUCUUAAACUCGCCAAAAGCCUUGACCUCAGGGAAGGAACAGACACUUGAAGCCAAACCUGUUGCCAAAAUGCCGAUCCGGCGGAAGCUGGAUGUUUCACCGGUAAAGCCCGGCUCAGGCUGUGAGGAUGCAGCGCCGCCCCACUGUCCUCCCGGCCUGCAGGAGGUGCUGCGUCAGGAAGGCAUGUUCCCACUGCACUACACACCCGAGACCCAACCCUCCACGGCCCCGGCCUCCAUCCACCCUGACUGUACCUUUGAGGUGGGUGCGGAUGAACAGGAUGAGGACACCACUACUACCAACGCCACCGUAAUCCUGUCCCCCGGACCUGCCGAGCCACCUGGAGGUUCAGGACUCGGCCAGCUUCGCAUUUUGCGAGCCAAUAAUGCCAACGAGCCUCCUAAAAGGUUGGAGAUUCCAUCGCUUCUUGACCUGCGGAAAUCUAAACCAUCCUACAUGGCUAUGACAUCGGCAGCGCAGGGCAAACGCAAGCUGUACGGCAGUGGGAAGGAGGCUGGAGCGGAUAGUACGCAGGGUGCUGCGGCGCCAAAGCGCAUAAAACGUGAUUCUUCUGAUUCGACGAAACCACUGCGGGUGCGACGCUUCGGAGGAUCAUCCGAGAACGAGCCGAGCAGAAGAGUGGUGCGGAGCAUGUCUGAGGGAAAUCUUAACCUCCUGGGCCCUCGGAAGUCCAAAUCAGCCCUGCUUGGCCCCGCUGCGCUGUUCAGAAAAGUAACAAAGAGGCUGUAAAAUCGCUUCAUUAUGACCACUUUGGAGUGUGUACAUAGGGAGUUUACUUCAGGUCUCAUGCACUGCUUUUUUUUCUAAGCAUAAACACGUCUCUAUUUCUGGACUUGAAAGAUGUGAAGAGGCGAGACUUUGAAAGGGUUCGAGUUUGAUUGUUAAGAUAGCAAUUAAUGUACAGCUAAAAAUAUGUACAGGCUUUUUUAUAUUGUUGUUAAAAUAACUGUGUAGAAAGAAUGUUUUAGCCUAACGCCAUGUGGGAAUUUGUCAUGAUUUUGUGCUUAGCUGUUGAUGCUUAGUAUGUUUUAAACUAAAGAAAGUCAUAAGCAUUUCUGUUUUAAGUUGUUGUGUUUCUUGUCAGUCUUUACUUGUGUCUUCAGCAAAACAUUUUAAUAAAGAGCCGUGGCCUUUUGAAAGGAAUGUUUCUGAACCAUACGAGGUGUUGAACUGAUAUCCUGCAGCCGCUUUCUUUACAUGAUGGAUAACGCACCACUGGGUCAAUAAAGAGAACCUUUACACAGA